UGGUGAAGGUGGCAUCGCGCCUUAAAUGGCUAGCAAACGAAAAGCAUUCACAUGAAGCACACCCACACACACACACACGCACUGCUGCAUGUACUCGUGUUUAUGUAAAUGGUUCUGCGGUACUGUGAAUCGCCUUCGGUCGGUACCUGCUGCACGUACAACAUGGAAACGCGCAUGGCGCUGCAAUCCCGCAUCCAGCUGGAGAAACAGUCCAGGGAGCAGAUCACGAAAAUGUCGAACGCAUUGGCGGCGAAAGCACAAAAAUUUAAUUCCGUCUUCCGUAAAUUAUUGAGCGAAUCCAAAGUAGAGUUCCAUAAUAUGUUCACACGCACCUAUGGCGUCAUCUAUCAGCAAAAUUCCUAUGUUUUCUCCGAUUUAUUUAAUGAAUUGGAAAAUUACUACACGCGUGGACGCGUCGAUUUAUUGGAUGUGAUGGAUAAGUUCUUUAACACACUGUACCAGAAAAUGUUUCAGGUGUUGAACGGACAGUAUUUGUUCGAUGAAAAAUUCCUUCACUGUGUCAGCGAACAUAUGAAGGAGCUAAAACCCUUCGGCGAUGUGCCCGAUAAACUGGCUGUGCAGAUAAAGCGUUCCUUUGUAGCGACGCGUACCUACUGGCAAGCGCUGCACACAGCAGCCGAAGUCUCCAAGAAGAUUAUAAAUAUCCACCUCAAUGCCGAUUGCACGGCCGCGCUCACGAAAAUGCAACACUGUGGCGCCUGCAAGGGCUAUGCGGAGAAACCGUGCACAAAUUACUGCGUUAAUGUGAUCAAAGGUUGUCUGCACUACGUGAACGAGUUCGAUACGGAGUGGGAGAAUUUCGCGCUGGCCAUGGACAAAGUCGCUGAGCGUUUAUUGGGCUCGUUCAAUAUUGUGAUGGUUGUCGAGCCGAUAAAUAUCAAAAUUUCCGAGGCGAUUAUGAAUUUCCAAGAGUCCGGGCAGUCCAUCACCUCGCGCGUAUUUGAGGGUUGCGGCCGUCCUACACUGGGCCGUACCCGUCGCUCAGUCAGUCCUAAAUUCGCACAGCCCACUUCCACGCAUACGCAGGCGUCACAGUUAUCGGUGAGUUUGAGCAGCUCCGACUCGAAAGUGAUACGCAAACGCGCCACCUUGGAGGUGCCAGUCGAACAAAUCGAAUCCGACAUUUUAGACAUCGAUGCCGAUGUUGAUGAUGCGAUGGUAUUGCGUGAACGUCGUGCCGCCGAACCUGGCUCGGAGGAGCAGAGCGCAAGUGGCGAUAAGUCGAAUGGCGGUACUGGCGCUAGCGGAGGUGGCGGUGGUGGCGGUGGUGGCGGUGGUGGCGGUCGUCGUAAUCAACAACGGCGCAAGCAGCAGCAGAGUCGCAAGAAUGAGGACGACUACAAUGGGCGCGAUCCCAAUCUCGAUAAAUUGGUGCGCGAGAUCAGACAACGUGUGAAGGAAUCUAAGAAGUUCUGGUCGAAUUUACCACAUCAGAUUUGCAGCAAUGAUGAGAUCUCCACAUCGUCGGACGUAGAUGGCAUGUGCUGGAAUGGUCAUACCAUCGAUAGAUAUAUGCACCCUGUGACCACCGAACAAAGUCGCAAUCCGGAAUUCCCCGGCAAUCCGGCGUCUACGCGUCAGACUUCGCAAGUGGCCAGCCAACUUUUCUACCUGAAAAAUGUUAUCAAUCACCUGCGUAAUGCCUACAACGGCCAAGAUGUCGACUGGAGUGAUCAUGAAGAUGCCUUCGAAGGUAGCGGCGCUGGUUCAGGCGCGGGCAGUGAUGAUGAGGACGACGACGAGGGUUCCGGACUGAGCGGCGGUCCAUUUACUCCGCCGCACCUCAAACCCACCGAUCGUCCUUCGGUACCAGCGAACAAUAUCGAUGAUGAGGAUGAGGAAGACGUGGAGGAGCGUCGUAUUACGGACACCUCACACACAUCGCGUCCUAAAUAUCCUGGCAGUUCGGGUACGAGUGGCGGUGCCAUUGGCGCUGGUGAUACGAACUCCAUAGAUGAAGAUGAGGACGAUGAAGGCGACAACGAUUUGGAUGAAGAGAAGGGCAGCAGUGGCAGUGCGGGUGCUAAGACAGCGCCCAAAAUGACAUUGCGCCGUGCGCUGUUGCUGUAUCUACUGCCGUUGUAUAUGGCGUGGUUUGGUGGCGUUAUUGCCGAUAUGCUGUGAUUCGUUGUUGUUGCUAUUGCUUAAGUCUAGUUAAAGGAUGUGGGCAAGAAUGUGGCAAAGAGGAAGAGCCGAAUUUCUUAAAUUUUACAUUUGUUUGUCUAGUGGUUAAAAGCCGAUGUGAGAAUGAAAAUGUAGCACGAGUUUAGGCGCGAAAGCGUCUAGCAAUCAAAGUGACGUAGAAUGCUUGAGAAAUGUUUGGUGACAUGAGAUGGCUUGAGCUGGAAAAUUCUUUAAUUUUAGACGAGGUGCUUAGCACACUUUCAGGAGCUAAAUGAGGUAGAGUGAAUUUUCACUGCAAAGUAAAACUGACUACAUAACCUAAAAUAUAUAUGCUCGCUAAAAAAGUUCUGCUAAAUGAUGAUAUUUAAACGUUGCAUGCUUUUUGGCGCAAAAUAAUACUUGAACUGCUUAAUUUUGUGUAAGUUUCAUUUAGUUUUUACCUUCCGAAGCUUUAAAGCGCUUUUAAAGUUAAAUUUUAAAUAUCUAAAUAAAUUAUUUUUGUUAAUAUUUUACAAAAUUUGUAAAAUCGCUUAAGAACCUUGAAAUUAUGCAAAUAUUUACAUAACUCAACUCUCUUUUGGCUUAAAGUUUUUCCAUAUCAUCUCUGAACACUUGGCUGAUGCAAUGCCCCUAGGAAAAUGUUAACAACUGGAUUUCAAUACUUUAGGCAGGGUUGAAUUGUUUGCAUUUUCAAUGUGUAGCAUUUCGCUGCAACGUAAUUUUAGGCGCUUUAACAUAUUCAAAUCUCGAACAAAUAUCCUGCAGUGCAGUCCAAAGCCUUUUUGGUAAUUUUCAAGCACUGAAAAACUGAAGUGCGACAUAAAAGCUUGCUUUUAGGCGCGAAAUUGGUUAUUAUACUUAUUUUUUUGCUAAUUUACGCAGAACAAAAAUGGCAAGAACAAAUACAUUUAGCAUUAGAUCGGAAAAAAUUGGAAAUCGAACUUUAAGCGAAGCAAUUCAUUUAUAUACGUAAACAAGUAAACAGUUAUGAAAAGUACUUUAGCCAAUAAGCACAAAGUAAUAAUGAAUUAUUAAAUUAAUACUUAUGUACCAGCAGCUAAUAUUAAAAUUAAAACAACAAAAAAUGUGAGCAUGCAGAGACGAAUGAAUAACUAAUAACUUAUAUGUGUGUAUGUAUGCGAAUGCAGUAGUGUGCGUGCUGCUAUCUGUGCGUGUGUGUGUAGUGAUUAUUAUGUAAACUGGAUUAUCUUUUUAUUUUCGUAUUAAUUUUUAAAUUAAAGAACGAAAGCAUUUAAGUGCACAUUUCUGUAUUAUAUUUAAACUAUUAUUUAAUAAAAAGUUAUGACGUAUGGUGAUGAAAAGUGUAAGACCAUUUUAGGAGCAAUAAUAAAAUAUCGUGUAAGCAUACAAUAAACUAUACAUAAAUAUUUUCUAAUAAAAAUCUAAUACAUGAAAAAUCCUAAAAA